AUGUUGGCGAUCGGCCGGGGGAGCAUCGCCCAGGUGCAGUAUACAGGCGAUGAGAGCGCGACUGAGAUCAAGAAGCUCCUCGCCUCUCUGGUCGAGAACGAGGACGACUUCGACCGCUGGGAGCCUCUCGUCACGCGCGCAAGUGAACUUGAAGGUGGAGUCACCCGCAACUCGAGUCCGUCGGCCAUUGAGCUCGUUCGUAACGUCUUCGACUGCUUGCUCGCCAAGUUUCCGCUCUUCUUCGGGUACUGGAAGAAGUACGCGGAUCUGGAGUUCGCCAUUGGAGGGACCGAGACGGCCGAGAUGGUCUACGAACGCGGCGUGAGCUGCAUCCCCAUCAGCGUGGACCUCUGGGUGCACUACUGCACUUUCAAAAUGAACACCUGCCAUGAUCCGGAUGUCAUUCGCGACUUGUUCGAACGCGCCGCCGAGUUUGUAGGUAUAGACUUCCAAUCCCACCCCUUCUGGGAGAAAUACAUGGAGUUCGAACAGGCCAACGGGGAGAUCGGCCGGAUCACCAAGAUUGUCGAGCGCCUGGUCCACCUCCCGACCUACUACUUUGAUCGCUACUACACGAAGUAUCGCGCUCUUCUUGGCAACCGACCCUUGGAAGAAGUCACGGAUGCUGCGACGCUUGCACGUGCCCAAGCCGAAGUGCAGGCUGAGACCCCAGGAUACGCGGGAAAAUCUGACAUCGAGAUUGAGAGGAUGAUCCGAGUCAAACUAGACGCAAUCUACUAUGAGCUCGCCAUGCGUAUGACGGACGAGGUGAAGACCCGCUGGGCGUUUGAGGGUGCGAUUAAGAGGCCGUACUUCCACGUGACUGACCUGGACCCGGAGGAGCUUGCCAACUGGCGCAAGUACCUCGACUUCGAGGAGGCCGGAGGCGACUUCAAACGCAUCGUCAACCUCUAUGAGCGUGCUCUAGUGGCCUGCGCUCUCUAUGAGGAGUUCUGGUUCCGUUAUGCCCGUUGGAUGUUCGCCCAGGGCCGGGAUGAAGACACUCGUAUCAUCUACAUGAGGGCCAGCUGCCUCUUUGUCCCCAUCUCCCAGCCUACCAUCCGUCUUCAUUGGGCUCGGUUCGAGGAGAAGCUCGGUGCUAUUCAGGUUGCCAGAGACAUCCAUUAUGGGAUCCUGGAGCAACUGCCGGACCAUGUGGAUACGAUCAUCUCCCUCGCCAGCCUGGAGCGCCGCCAUGCAGGUGAUGAGGCCGCCCUUCAAUGCCUAGAGAACUAUAUCGGGCAGCGGGAGAUGCAGAUUGCUGGGAAGUUGACUGCCGAGCAAGGAAGGAUCUUGUGGCAGUGCAGCCGCAGUCCUGAAAGGGCUCGUCAGCUGUUCAUGGAGCGCCACGACAAGUAUCCGGGUUCCCGUGACUUCUGGUUGGCGUACCUCAACUUCGAGAUCGACCAACCUUCGGCGAACGAUUCCGAGGCUUACUGGCGUGUCAAGAGCUGCUACACGUUGCUGCGUGACAAGGGAGGCUUCUCCGCUCCGGACCUCAAAGAGCUCUCUCAGCCUUAUCUGGAUUUCCUCCUUAACCGCGGAGGGGAGCAGGCCGCCGAGGAGUACAUGCUCCUUGACAAGCAACUGCACGGGUAUGUAUGA